AUGACGCUCGCCAAGGCGACCGCUUGGACGACCCUUUGGUUGGCGCUCGCCACUUUUCUCGUCGUCAUGUGCCGAAACGUCCAAGGGCAAUCCAGCCGACGUUUGGGAUUCCCUGACGUGUCCUACCCCUCCUCCAACAACGCGUCGCCGACGCCGCCACAGCGUUUGCGCGCACUACGGAUGACCCUGGAGGUCGACGGGGACACGUCCACGUACCUCCACUCUGGCACUCCCACGUCCGCCACAGGGGCCGAGUCCCAGUGGAACUAUCCCAAUCCCUUGUCCUGGACGCUACCCUUGUCUACUCUUCCCGGUGACAUGCAGGCGUCCCAGAAUCACCGCCAGCUCCAGAGUACGAACGGAGAAAGUGUGGGCAAGGGAGUGUUGAUCUUCUUGGUCUCGGCGUUUUCCGUGAGUAUCAUUGUUCUCCUGUUCGCGAUUGUUUCCUUCAUUAGAAGCGUCAGAGGAGGAGUCUCGACGGCUGCCAUCCAAAAGUCCAAAGGCGACAGUGAUACGACGCAACCGGAAGGGACACAUCGGACGACCUCGGACGAGGAAGUUCCCGAAGACGGGACAAUUUCGUCCUAUCUGCACGCGAUGGCCCACGCAUCGUCAAUCCUGCGAUGGACGGAACGGAGUGUCACUUCGGCGGCGAGAACGGAAGCGGGGGAUGCUUCCUUAACGUCCGAUCCGUACUACCGGAACGCCGAUCUAGAGUCGGUGGGUGUGGCCGGUACCGCGUCGUCGGCAUCCCGCACGGCGGCAGCCACCGCCGCUGCUCCCCAACCAUCCUUGGGACUCGUAGUGGAAGAAGCGGAAAGCGAUGCGGAAUCCGUUUGGACGACCAAUUCGGAACCCGACGUAUCGGUCGGCGUAUCGGUUGAUUCGGAAAGCGUCGGCGAUGCCUCACUCGUGGCGUACAUGAAAUCCAUACAGACGGCUUCGGUUAUACUCGACCCCCAUCGGAAAGGAGACGCAUCGUCGGCCGCCGCCGCCGUACUGGAAGAUGUCGCACAACGGACGGAGAAUCUCGCGAAGGACGGUAGUUCCAACAGCGUGGGACUACCGAGUGAUCUACAACCCGUCUGGGAAAAUGAUAGUGUCGUGGACAACCAGUCUGUGAUCAGUCAGGAACAAACGCGUGAAUAG